AUGGAUCGUCUACAACAAGAACUCCGUGAAAAAAAUGGCGCAAGUAAAGAGCCACCCACUCUGCUAAUCUCGACUCCUUUCACCGACGACGUCAUGAACACGCAUUACCCGCAAGAUCUCAGGAUCCCGAUGAUGCGAACAUACAUCGGGCAGUCUGACCCUAAAGAACACAUCGAUAUGUAUUACGGAAACAUGUUGAUGUUGGGGGUGAGCGACGCAUUCAUAUGCAGAGCCUUCUUCGCCACCUUGGCUGGAAAAGCGGCCGAGUGGUUUAGAAAGUUGGAGCCUCGGUCGGUUGGAAAUUUCAGCCAGCUAGCCGACAAAUUUGUGAGACGAUUCACAGUCAACAGAUUGAAAAAGAAGCCCUACACCUAUCUUAAUCCAAUCAAGCAGGACGUGGGAGAAGCCCUGUCCGUUUUCUUACAAAGGUGGGAUCGUGAGGUCGAACAGGUAGAGCCAAUGGAAGAUCAGGUGGCAAUCCACGCCUUCCUCACGUCACUUCGAUCCAGGGCACUCUACUACGACCUCAUCGUGAAUCCCCCCAAGACCUACGAGGAAGCAAUUACCCGGCCAGACACCAUGUCGACGCCACAAAGGCUAACUUGGCCUAGAGGCGGGACGAGCAGCCGGUCGGUCGGGAUAGAAAUCACGACCCAAGGAGGGACCGACAGCUGCAACCUGGUCCACCCGCCCGAACCAAUACCUGAAGGAACAGACAAGAACAAGUAUUGUGCUUUCCACAAGACCAAAGGCCAUGACACGGCCCUACGCCUUGUGAUUGAACAACUCAUUCAGAAUGGAGAGUUGGAUCAGUUCGUGAAAAAGAAUGAACGUGACAAGGAAAAGUUCAAGAAGAACGUGUGGAAAAGGAACCCCAGGGAGCAAUCUAAGGCACCCGGUCCGCGUGGGUCAUCUGACGAUAAGGCGACCAGAAAGAAACCUGUGAUCAACGUCAUCUAUGGAGGCCCAGAAGGAGGGGACUCCUCGCGUCAAAGGAAGCAAUGGGCAAGAAAUUUGGACGUCGGAUCAGUCCACUCGGAACCCCGGGAGAAAAAGAAGCGCGUAGAACCGAUUUUCUUCACUGACGAAGAUCUUCCUAUCCACGAGGAGGCCCAUAGUGAUUCACUUGUCAUCACGAUGGACAUCAAUGGGACAGAUGUCUAA